UAUACGAUUAAAAAAAAAAAAAAUCCAAUACUAUAAAAGGACUCACUUCUUACACACGUUUUCUCUCACAUCAAACUGAUUUCUGAAGUUGAUCUUGAAGGCCAUGGAUGAAUCAGAGGUGUGUCCAACUGAGGAUGCUAUUCAGGCCUUUCUAGCUUACUUGCUUGACCCAAUGCUUCCGGCUAAGUCUUCUUUGCGGGAUAUCCCAUCACUUUCUCAUCAGCAAUCAGUGGCGAAACAGGUGCAUGCCAUUGUGUUACUGUACAACUAUUACCUCAGGAAACGACAGCUACAGCUAGAAGUUUUGGGUUUUGAAGCCUUUUGCAAAUUGGCUGUGAUUCUGAAACCGACUUUGUUGGCAUAUAUGAAGUUCAUGCAAAGAUCCAAUGAUACUGAAUUGGAUGACUUGGAGAAACAGUUUUCAGUGACAGAGAAAAGAAUCAUGGAAGCAUGUGAUAUAUCUACAAGUUUAGAUGCAUCCAAAGAUGUCCCAAAUAUAGAUGGAUGGCCAAUGUCCAAAGUUGCAGUUCUCUUACUUGACUCAAAGAAGGAAAACUGCUUUUUGCUAUUUAGUUCCAUCACCCAGGGAGUUUGGUCAGUGAUUGAAAAGGACUUGGAUAUCUCAAACCUCACUUUAGAAGGUAUGGCAGAGGCAAAACAGGUGGACAAAAAGAAAAGAUUCAUUAGAAAACCUUCAAAAGGUGAAUCGAGUGUUGAUGAAUCUGGUUUGCUCCGGCUUGCAUAUUUAGCUGUUAAGGAAGCAACAGGUAUUAAUCAGUCUGAUCUCCUGGUUCUAGAAAGCCAUGCUGUAUAUUCUCUCAGCAAAGAAAAGACAACUGCUCGCUUUUAUAUAAUACGAUGCACCCAAUCUGUGAAUGAGGAUGUCAUUCAAGUUCCUCUUAAGGAUGCGAUUGAAAGCUUGCAGGGUCCUUUGGUCAGAAAAAGUUCCAGCAGAUGGACGGUUACCCCAGUUAUCGAGUACUUCCAUGUGCUUCCUUAUGCCAAGAUAGUGUCAAGCUGGCUUUCGAGGGAAGUUCUGUCUGGUAGCUUGCAUACUUUAAGCAUGGUAGAGGGAAAUUCAAAUGUGAACAGCCCUGACACGACAGAUAAACCUUGCACUCCAGAAAUUCAUAAAAGGCUCGAUAGAUCUCAUAUAGAAUAUGGACUAGUAAGGGGUUUUGGCAACAAGGCAAAGGACGCUAAUGCUGAAUCACUCAAACUGAAGGAUGAUAGUGAAUGUCACAUGAUUGUUUUGUCUGGUUCUCUCAAUGGAUCUCUGAAUAUGAAUGUGGAUGACUCUUUCAUGGUUCCUUCCCAGAAUGGAGAGAAAUGCAAGAACAUAGCAAAUACUAUCCAAGUUGACAAUCGUGAAGAAAAGAUGAAUAGUAUGGAAAGUUAUGUAAAUGGCUCACCAAGUGAUGUCAAGGUUAAGGAUGAGUUGGUGGACUCGAGGAUGAGGCCUUCCUUUACCAAAUGCAAAGAUGAACAGAUUGCUGCUGGAAAUAGAACUUGUGACAAUAUCUUGUCUGUUCAAGAUGGGAUAGGUGAUCAUGUAAUGGUUGCUUAUGAAUCCAACUCAAUAGAACUCGACAAAUUGCAAAGUUUUAUGGCGUCAAAGCAACAUGAAUUGUCAUUCACUGCCUUGAGAGUUCUUCUUCGUAAAAGGGAUCAACUGUCUUUUCAGCAGCGCUGUAUAGAAGAUGAGAUUGCUCAGUGUGAUAGAAAAAUCCAGAAGAUUUUAAACGGUGGUGAAGAUGACUUGGUCUUAAAGAUGGAAUCCAUCGUAGAAGGUUGUAAUGAUGUAUGCCCAAGAAGUAUUACCCAAGAAAGGACUUACCAGCAACUUGAAGACCAACAUUCACCUCAAAACUUCAAGAGGAAAAGAUUGUCAGAGGCUGUUCUUAGUAUACAAAAUCCAUGCCAGGAAUUGGAUAGUGUGUGUUAUGAGAACAACUGGAUAUUGCCAACUUAUCAUGUAUCCACAUCAGAUGGUGGAUUUAAAGCUUGUGUCACUGUAAAAGGGAUUGAUUUCGAGAGUUCGAGUGAUGGUAAUCCCUGUAUCAAUCCUCGGGAAGCAAGAGAAUCAGCUGCUGCACAGAUGUUGGCCAAGUUACGAAGAAUGGCGGGUUCAACCUCGUAGUUUUAUGGUCUGGUUAGGUUGAUUUAUGGAGCAGGAUAGGGAAAGGUAACAUAAAAUACAUAGGACUAAUGUUAGUAAUACAUGUAGAAACUCAAUUUCCUCUCUCCAUGCAGAAAAUGUUACUCUCGGAUACUAACCCAUUUUUAGAAUAUAAUAUGUGCUGCUCUAAUUACUAUCAAAGUGGCCUUAAUUCUGGGUA